AUGACGGGACACGCCGAGGUGAUUCAGAUUAGAUUCGAUCCGACGGUUAUCUCUUACGAGGAAUUGUUGGAAGUUCUUUGGCACACGCACGAUGCGACAACGUUAAAUCAACAGGGGGCUGAUGUCGGCACUCAGUACCGUUCGGUAAUUUUCUAUCACACAGAAGAACAACGGCAAAUCGCCGAACAAUCUAAAACAGAGAUGGAUAAAUCCGAUAUGUGGGACGAUCCGAUUGUCACAGAGAUCACGCCAAUUGACACCUUCUAUCCUGCCGAAGAUUAUCACCAAAACUAUUUUCUAUUGAAUUCAAGGCAGCCAUAUUGCCAAUUUGUAAUCCAUCCGAAGAUGCGAAAAUUCACAAAGGAUUUUAAGGAAAAACUCAAAAAUGAGCAGUAA